GCCAUCGGUUGCUGCCUUGGGUUCCAUCGAUACCCAUCCCAUUCUACUUACCAUCAUUCCCUGUGUGGUUGGAAACUAUUUCAACCUGACAUCUCAUAUUUCUGGAGUUUCUCUGGUUUAAGAAGACUUUUCCACAAAGACUCCGAAAUCUCUCACAAUCAACGCAUCCAACCAUCCCACGCACUUUCUUAUCUCGACGACCACGAUGAAGAAAGGAAAGAAGAAAUCCAAGAAAGCAAUCUCACAAGUUCUAGGUGUUGACACUGAGAUGCCACCAGCUGUGAAUGAUGAACCCGAUAUACAACCACUCUCACCUGUACCCUUCGUGAAUGAAUACGAUCAGCCCCUGACCAGCCCCUAUUCCACAUCAAUAACGCGGUUUUUCAUUGGUGACACUGAGUACAGCGUACCGGAGUACUAUCUGCGUCCAUACCCGCUGCUGUCCUUCUCUUCCUCCUGGCAACGUUUCCAACUCGAAGGCAUCAACCCAGACAUCGGACACACUCUGAUCCACUUCCUAUACACCGGCACCUACCAAACCAUCGCACCGUCUACCAUUGAUCCCGACUUUAAUCCUCGAAGCCGGGAGUUCGAACGCAGCGUCUAUGCCUACCAGACUGCACGAUUUUACAGAAUCACUGGACUAGAUGUCUCUGCGAGGGAAUACAUGCGUACUUUUGAUGACUCAGUAACAACACUCGAGAUACUGACGAUUGCUCGCAAAGUUUAUACAACCCUUCCGAGUGGUGAUACGUGGUUCGAAGGCUUUAUUCGCGAUAAACUUGUUUCAGCGUUCGAGGCAAAUGAGCCGCAGUUCCGAGAGGUUAUUGAGCAGUAUGGCGUCGGUACGGAGAUUAAAUUUGACCAGUUCUUGGUGACGACAGUGCUGGAUAUCUACUCUAGCAGGAUGGCCAUGCUGGAAGAUGCUGCUGCCGAGGAAGUCGAUGAUGAUGUCCCUGUUGAAGUUGUUGAGGAGGUGGCUAUUGAAGUUCCUCCGGUCGAUGCUCUGGCAGAGGUAGAGGCGCCUUACGAGGAACCGCCACCUACAUCACCUGCUCCUCCCUCCCCGAGCCUCGAUCACCCCUAUCAACCUCCACCUUCGUCCUUUUCCUCCCCUCGACCAGUGAGAGAGCCAAGUCCUGGAUUUGAGCCAGUUGAACCGGCAUCAGAGCCAGAGCCACUGCCAGAACCGGCUUACGGGUCGGAGAACCAGCCAGAAGCAAUACAAGAGCCAGAGCCAGAGCCAGAGCCAGAGCCAGAGCCUGUGCCCGAGGAAGAUAAGUGGGGUCUAUUUCUGACGACGUCGAAGCCACCAAAGAAGAACAAGAAAUUCUUGGGGAAGUCUAUAUCCUCCAGUAUAUCCUACGACUCGCCGGAUGCUCACAUCGAACCUUCGGGGUUGCAGACAGUGCCGGAAUCUAUCUCGUGGGAAUAGAAUGAAUGACCUUCAUUCACAGCGAACCUUCCAAAAUGUGAUGAAAAAUCAUUGACCCAGAUUCCCGAUUCAGUCAUAUGGUCAAUCUCAUUUGUUCUCGUAUUGAAACUUCAUUGUUCCGGGAUUUUUCUCCUUUAUGCAGCUGACGUAAUGAAUAAUGACAAGCGAUAAUUGUUUGAUGC